AUGCGCAGGCGCACUUCGCGGCCUGGCGGAGCCGGCCCCUUCCUGUCGCGCGUCCGCAGCAGGUGCGCCGGAGGGGCUGGGUCGCGCCGGCCGCUGCGUCUCGGCAUCACGGAGGGGCAGGGGGGCGCGGGGGGCGCGGGGUCGGGCGCCGCCUGCGCUGCGCUGCGCCCCGGGGCGCCCGCCCCUGCCCCGGGCGCGGCCUCGCAGUUCGCGCUGCUGGUGAUGCGGCCGUGCGGGCGGCCGGAGGAGGCUGCGCCCGAGCCGGGCCGCUAUGCGUGCGAGGCGGCGGGCGACGGGGAGGACGAGGCGGCGGAGGACGAAGCCACCCUGCUGGACUCCUCGGACCCGCCGGGGGGCGGCGAGAGCGCGGCCAGCCUGGAGGACCUGGAGGACGAGGAGGCGCACUCGGGGGGCGAGGGCGGCGGCCGCGGGGCCCGGAGGCCGGGCAGCGGCGGGGGCGGCCUGAGCAAGACCUGCACCUACGAGGGCUGCAGCGAGACCACGAGCCAGGUGGCCAAGCAGCGCAAGCCGUGGAUGUGCAAGAAGCACCGCAACAAGAUGUACAAGGACAAGUACAAGAAGAAGAAGAGCGACCAGGCCCUCAACUGCGGCGGCGCCUCCCCGGCCGGCGGCGCGGGAAACGUCAAGCUGGAGGAAAGCGCAGAUAACAUCCUCUCCAUCGUCAAACAAAGAACCGGAGCUUUCGGGGACCGUCCGGCAAGGCCCACACUCUUGGAACAAGUGCUGAAUCAGAAGAGACUGUCAUUACUAAGAAGCCCAGAAGUGGUGCAGUUUUUACAGAAACAGCAACAACUAUUAAAUCAGCAAGUUUUGGAGCAAAGACAGCAGCAGUUUCCAGGAACGUCAGCAUGAAGGGAUCUAUUAAGAUGCUCUGCGUGUUUUUCUGUCUUGCUGUAGUGGACACAGGUGUUUUUACAGUGAGACACACGGGUAAGAAAUGCCAGCAGAACACAGUCAUUUUCCUGUGAGUGUGUGUGCAUCUGGGGACAAAUAAAGAUUGCACUUCGUGCGUCUGACCCUUUCAGACCAUCAUCAGUCUGGAGAAAUCAGCUUAUCUUUGCAAAAUCACAUGUAAUUACAGUGUAUUUUUAAGAAAAUGUUCUUUCAGUCGUUACUGAAGAUGUUGAAGCAGUUACUUUCUGUGGAAGUUAGAAGUUAAUUGGCAUUGACCUUGGACCAUGUAGCUCAGUGGUUCUCAUCGGGGGCAGUUGGAAACGUUUCGGGUGUGGUUUUGGCUGACACAGUGAUGGUGCAAACUGCUGGCUCUUAGUGAACGGGCUGAAAUGCUAAGUGCGCAGGACCUGGGAUGGUCCCGCACAACCGGGAGGGGCCUCGUUCGCGAUGCCGCGUGUUUCUCUUAAACACCGGUAGCUGCUUGUGCUGCGGAACUGUAGCUGGGCACUCGGACUUGAGUUCUCAGAAUAACCUGCUUUUGCAGUUAAAGGUGGGGCUGUCGAGCAGGUAACUUCCUGUCUAUAGGAAAAGUUAAAUGUUAACUGUCUGACGUUAGGGUCUGCCUCCGUUUCCAGACCUGUAAAACCUGAGAGGGAUCAACGUGAGCACGUGAGUGAAUGCUUCUCCUAGCACUGGCUUCUCUUUUUCAUGGUCUCUGUUAGCGUUGAUCUCUUUUUUAAAAUAUGUUUUCAUUGGUUUUUAGAGAGAGAGGAAGGGGGGAGAGAUAGAAACAUCGAUGAGAGAGACACAUCGAUCGGCUGCCCA